AUGCACGCAGCCAGGCACCUCGAGUUCGCAGUUCGAGCCACUGCAGCAGCAGGCCGUUGGGACUUGGCCGUGGAGGGUGCCGCGGCCUUUCUGGAGAGUCGCGGGCGCUUCAUCGCUGAGGUGUACGUACACCCCAGCGACUUGGCCGCGCGCAAAGCCCGCCUUCACUUCUUUCACUUUUCUCUUUCCCGCGCCCUCGAACUCUUGGCUAGCCAGCUAGCCACCAGCUCCCUCCGAGCUAGCCAAGCCCUUCAGUGGAUUCGCCUCGACUUCGAAAAGGCAUGCAAGGCUUUCUGCCCCUCCUGCGGGGACCCGGGGGGCCCCCCGGGGGGCCCCCCGGGGGGCCCCUUGGGGGGCCCCUUGGGGAGCCCCCUGGGGGGCCCCUUGGGGGGCCCCUUGGGGGGCCCCUUGGGGGCCCCCUUGGGAGGCCCCUUGGGGGGCCCCCCUGGGGGCCCCCCGCCGGGGGCCCCGGGGGGGCCCCCGGGGGACCCCGGCGGGGGGCCCCUGGGGGCCCCCCGGCCCGUGGACUUGGAGGUGCUGCUGGAAGAGGAAAGGGCCUUUGCUGCUCUCAAAAGAGAUUUAAAUAAAUUCAAAAAGACUUUUUUGAACAGCUCGGGGCCCCAGCAGCCAGGGGGUGUACAGACACCUCAAACUGCAGAGACAGAAUAA